AUGUGGGAAAUUUCUAGUGGAUAUUCUCCAUUUAAAAAUUUAAAUGAUACUACUAUUUAUGCUGCUAUUGUUAAUAAUAAAGCUUAUAAAUUUAAUAGUAAUCAGGAUCUUAUUAUUGCAAUUACUUGCUAUAAAACUCGUGAAAUUUCUAUAGCAGAUACACCUGAGGAUUAUGAAAAACUAUAUAAAAAAUGCUGGAAACAGAAGCCUGAGCAAAGACCAAUUAUUAAAGAAGUAUUAAAAAGAUUUUUUAAGAUGGGCUUUGGAAAAAAUAUUAACGAUGAUGAAAUAGCCAACAAUGAAUCUUUAUGUUAA